AAAAAAAAAAAAAAAAAAUCAUCGUUUGUAUCGCAUCGUAAAUAAAAGGAGAAAUCUUUCCUCAGUAAUCGGUCUUCCACCAACCCCCACAUUGGCUUUGUUUCCUUCCUCCUCCUACUCUCCCUUUCUGCGAGUGCCCUGUGAUCUAAUAUGGCUUCCAUCUCCAAGCUCUCCAAUCCCAGCCCUGCUUCAUCUUUGUCGUCCACUUUCAACCCUAGAGCUUCCCAGCCCAAGUGCUUGAUCGGCUUCCUCACCACCACCACCAACUUCAGCUCCAAAGUUUCUUCUUCCAAGUUGUCCAUACGAAGCAAGUCGUCUCUCAAGGGUUCUCUGGUUGUGAGAUGUUCUCAAGGUGAUGGAAAUGGAAAUCCAGCAAAGAGAACAUAUCUCCAUGAUCUCUACGAGAAGGAAGGGCAGAGUCCAUGGUAUGAUAACCUCUGCCGACCUGUUACAGAUCUGCUUCCACUUAUUGCAAGUGGGGUUAGAGGUGUAACUAGUAACCCAGCGAUUUUCCAGAAAGCAAUAUCCACUUCAAAUGCUUAUAAUGAUCAAUUCAGGGAACUUGUUCAAUCAGGAAAGGACAUUGAAAGUGCAUAUUGGGAACUUGUGGUGAAGGACAUUCAAGAUGCUUCAAAACUUUUUGAGUCAAUCUAUGAUCAAACUGAUGCUGGUGAUGGUUAUGUUUCUGUUGAAGUUUCCCCCAAACUUGCUGAUGACACUCAAGGGACUAUCGAGGCUGCAAAAUGGCUACAUAAAGUAGUUGCCCGCCCCAAUGUCUACAUAAAAAUCCCUGCUACUGCUCCAUGUAUCCCUUCAAUUAAGGAAGUCAUAGCAAAUGGCAUAAGUGUCAAUGUGACUCUUAUAUUCUCUCUCACUAGAUAUGAGGCAGUCAUUGAUGCUUACUUGGAUGGCCUUGAGGCUUCUGGAUUAAAUGACCUCUCCAAAGUCACAAGUGUUGCUUCCUUCUUUGUCAGUAGGGUGGACACCCUUAUUGACAAGUUGCUUGAAAAGAUUGGAACUCCAGAAGCCCUUGACCUUCGAGGAAAGGCUGCUGUAGCUCAAGCUGCUUUAGCAUACCAACUCUACCAGAAGAAAUUCUCUGGCCCUAGAUGGGAGGCUUUGGUGAAAAAAGGUGCCAAGAAGCAGAGGCUGCUGUGGGCCUCAACCAGCGUCAAAAAUCCUGCCUACUCUGAUACUUUAUAUGUUGCUCCUCUCAUUGGCCCUGACACGGUUUCAACCAUGCCAGACCAAGCUCUCCAAGCAUUUAUCGAUCACGGUACUGUUUCAAGGACAAUCGACUCCAAUGUCUCCGAGGCUGAAGGCAUUUACAGUGCACUAGAGAAGUUAGGAAUCGACUGGAGCUACGUUGGGAACCAACUCGAAAUUGAAGGAGUGGAUUCCUUCAAGAAGAGUUUUGACAGCCUGCUUGAUACUCUGCAAGAGAAGGCCAACUCUCUUAAAUUGAUUAGUCUUUAAGAUGUAAGAUUGUGAGAACUACUUGUAUGAGUUGAAUAAAGCUGGUGGGUGGGGCCUUGUCUUCCUGUAAAUUUAGGCUGAAUGCUUUGUAAGACGUUAAUUACGUUUGAUGAGUUCAUACCAGCUUCAAGUUGAGUGAGAGAGAUUACAUUUUGCUCCUGCUUUGGUGUUUGGCAUUGUUUUUCUCCCCAUCCUAUGCAAAAGCUAUUUAGACAGUUACCUACAGAAAUGUACAUCUAAUGCACACUGUCUUACUGGUUUGCUAUUUAUUCAGUGGCCAGAUGAAUAACAUGGGAUAUGUGGAUCGACCCGACCCACGAGUA